GUUGCAGACGAGAGCAGGCAUGCAACGCUUGAAAUAUGCGUUUCAUCGUAAUCACUGAGAUUUGACAGGGGCAAGACUGUGUAACACUGGCAAAUGCAAGCAAUACAUUGGAUAGAUGUCGACAAAUCGCAAGUUAAUCACACAAACCAGGAAAGGCACAGCUGCGAUGAAAUGCUACUCUGAUGUGUCUGCUUUAUAUCCUGACAAACGUGCUUAUGGAUAUCAACGGGGCUUCCCACAUGCUACCGAUGGUCCUAAGUAUAUAGCAAACGCAGUAACAGAUCCGUAUGAAUUUACGGACACGCCAAGGAGCAAACAAAUAGCACCAAACGUUGACGACGUCUUGGAACCAAGAACCAAAAGUGAAAAGCUCAAAGUGAGGAGAAAGCUGAUACGAGUAAUACAUGAUACACAUAAAGAGAUGGAAAAGCUGCGCAAGCAAAGGGCACUACUCCAUAGUGGCAAAGAAGCAUUAGAUGUCAGACCCAAUAUAGGCAUAAGCCGAAAACCAAGCAAAAUAGGAGUGACAGUGAGCAUUGCAACGGAUCAUGCAAAUUGUGUUAACACCCAGUACGAGGUGUCUCCCUCUGGGAGUAAGAGCAUGGAGUGGGUCGGUUUCUCGGAAGAGCUCAAUCCCCUCGUGGCUGCCAGCAGGAAAUGCCAAUUGACCCGCAUAUAUCACAGCAAAAAUAAUAAACGGAAAAUGGAAUCGUAAAAAUUAUUGUAUAGUACCCGCGUCUACAGAGCUUUUAUGCACAUUGAUCUAAGCGAUUAUUCGCUUCCGUAUAGCCUUUACUAUAAGAGAUAUGUUCAUUUGUUUACUAAUACGUAUUUCAAUGUGAUAAGGCUCUAUAAUAUGGUGAUUUUCUAAUUCGUGUAAGUGCUUCCACGUUCAACAUCCUGGCUCGCUAGCAGACUCGUAUAUUUAUACGCAUAGGCAAUACGUGUG